AGGUCCUGAAAAUGCCUACCGUGGACCCUAGGGAGUGGGCCCGAGCAGGGAGGCGCCCUCCGGCUCCCUCUCCCCGACUUGAAGAAGCAGAAGAAACUGUGCCAGCAAAGGCCGGACCCCCAGCGGUGGCUGGAGACCCAGCCCUUGCAACUUCAAUCUUCCCAGGGAGCGCAGGCAGAAACGCUGGUUUAGAUAGAGGCGGGAACUGCUUCGGGCUGAGACAGACAACCAGUGACCUGACGGACGCAAAGCCCAAACAACGCCCGACUCGGCAGCAGUGAUACGGCCCGAGUCCUGAGGUCGCCCGGGGUCCCAGCUGACAGCCGACUAACGCUGAGCUUUCCGAUGGCCCAAGUGAAAAAGAGUCUCAAAUGGACAUGCAAAGCUUGUGGAGAGAAGCAGUCAUUUUUGCGGGCUUACGGUGAGGGCUCUGGUGCUGACUGUAGACACCAUGUCCAAAAAUUAAAUCUGCUGCAGGGACAGAUUUCAGAGAUGUCACUCAGGUCUCUGGAAGAAUCCAUAAAUGCCGAUGAGGAGGAAAAUGCACGUCCUCGGCAGGCUGUGCCUGCAAUCCUGCAGGAAAAACUCCAGCCCUCAAAGAACCGCUGGCUGAAGUAUCUGGAAAGGGACUCCAAAGAACAGCUGGAAGAAGGAGGAGUGUGUUUCAUCAGACAGCCCUCAUCCAAGAGAGAGAAGCCAGACCCUCCCUUCAGUACAGGCCUGCCUAGAAAAAGGAAAUGGAGCCAGAGCACAGUCCAGCCUCCAUGCAGCCCUAAUAUCCAGGACUCCAGAAACUGUGAGGUCACCUUGAAGUCCCUGAAGGACCGUUCCCUUCAUUCUGCAUGGAGUACCGGGUCUUUGUCAGACUGUUCAGCUUGGGACCUGCCCUGGGUUUCUGAGGAACUGUCACCUUCAUUUAUCCAGGACCACACUGGCCUGACAGGGAAGGUCAAAGAAGGAAGCAGUCGUGAGGACUGGGACACCAGGGAGCUCGUCGUUCCUCCGGGGGAACCACCGUGUCCUGCCCAGCAGGUCAGGACCGUGUCUCCUAAGUGGGAACAAUUUCUUCCGCCACUUGGAAACAGCUCACAUUUGGACACGGAGCCCCUGACCCCCCUGCAAAGAGGCCCCAGGCCAGCUCGAGCAGCACGGACUGAGCAGGGGACCCCCAGGACCCAGACCCCAAGGGAAGGCCUCUGCAGGACCCUUGGUGCACUCCAGCUUCCUCAGGCUACACACACUCCCACGCCUGGGCCCAAGAGGCUCUGCGGAAAGACCCCCGAGCAGUCAGGGGGCACAGGCCCUUGGGCAGAGGGUGGGGCCUUGGUCAAAGGGAUGCAGGAGCCUUCUUCACUCCUGCGACUAUAUGACCUCUUUAAAACCGGAGAGGACUUUGAUGACCAUCUGUGAAUUGAAACUAAUGUGUUACUAAUGUAGACAUAUUUGUUAAGUGAGCCCUUCUCCACUUGAUCUCUGUGCCACUGGAAACAGGGCUCCCCAAGUUUCUUUUAAAUAGUAGGACUAAGGAUGACUUAUGGGAACUACCAAGAACCAACAAUAAACAUGACUAUCAAACAGA